AUGUAUCGGCUCAAGCUGGAAGCUCUGACGGCGAUCGCAGCGUGGGCCUUCGCUGCAGCCUCGAGCCCACCCCCUGUCUGUAACUACCUUGAUGGCCUCUGCCCUCGGGACGAUGAUUUGGAAGCGCUCGGAGCUAAGCUUUCGAGUACUGCCAAAGUCUAUUAUCCCGGCUCGAGCGGCUUCAAAAAUGUAACUACUCGGUGGUCGGUUUUGGAGGAGCCUAAAGUCAACGUCGUUGUGGUCCCUGGUACUGAGAAUGACGUUGCUGAGAUUGUCAAUUUCGCAAACAAGAAACACCUGCCCUUCCUCGCAUAUAAUGGUGUCCAUGGAUCUAUCACCUCUCUGGGCAAGAUGGACCACGGCGUCGGCAUCUCUAUGAGCCAGUUGAGCGGGGUGAAAGUAAACAGUGAUGGAAAGACUGCCACGAUUGCCGGUGGAACCAUGUCCAAGCUCGUCACAGAUGAGCUCUGGGCCGCAGGAAAGCAGACGGUGACCGGAACUUGCGAAUGCGUCAGCCUUCUCGGGCCUGGGCUCGGUGGUGGGCAUGGCUGGCUCCAAGGACAGCACGGACUCGUCGCGGAUCAGUUCGUGUCGAUGAACAUUGUGCUUGCCAAUGGUACUUUGACCAAGGUGGACGCAAACUCCGACCUCUGGUGGGCGAUGAAGGGCGCCGGUCACAACUUCGGCAUCGUCACCUCUCUCACCACCAAGGUUUAUGACAUUGAGCACACAGACUGGGCGAUCGAGACUAUCACCUUCAGCGGUGACAAGGUUGAGGCUGUCUACCAAGCUGCCAACGACUACCUCACCAAGAAUGGCAAGCAGCCCGUCGAUGUCGUCAACUGGUCAUACUGGAUGAACAACCCGGACGCGGAUCCCAACAACCCCGUCAUCGUAAUGUACAUUAUCCAAGAAGGCGUGAAAGCCGUGGACUCAAUCUACACGAAACCCUUCCACGACCUCGGCCCUCUAUCUGUUUCACCAAACUCAGGAACCUACAAAGACCUCGCAGCCUGGACUGGUAUCGCCAACUCAUCCCCACCGUGCCAGAAAGUCGGAAUGGCCAACCCCCGUUUCCCAAUCUACCUCGAGUCCUACAACGUCCCCGGCCAAAAGGCAGCGUGGGACGUCUACGCCGCCGCCGUCCGGGGCUCCUCACCCUUCAACAACUCGAUCUUCAUGUUCGAGGGAUACUCCACCGAGGGUGUGCACGAAGUGCCGUCCGAUUCUACUGCUUUCGCCUUCCGCAGCGAGAACCUUCUUGCUGCGCCUUUGAUCAACUACUUCCCGGCCGCCGGACUUGACCAGAAAGCGGCUGAUCUGGGGCAGGAGUUGAGAAAUAUUCUCCUUGAGGGUAGCGGAAGGCCGAAUAUUAGGGCUUAUGUCAACUAUGCGUAUGGAGAUGAGACGACGGAGGAGCUGUAUGGUGAGGCGGAGUGGCGGCAGCAGCGGCUGCGUGCGCUGAAGAGCAAGUAUGAUCCUGAGGGGAAGUUCAGUUUCUACGCUCCUAUUCCGUGA